CUUCUUCUUUAACUGGCCCAAGUUCCCCUUCCAUUGGUAUCUCCUCUCUCCCUCUCUCUCUCUACCUCUCUUUCUCUCUCUACCCCUCUCUCUUCAGUUUCUCGUUACCCCAACUCGUGGAUAAAGAAAAGAUACGAGGAUUCAUACGUGGCCCAAGAGCCACCUCUGCUCGUUUCGUAAUGAAACACUAUAUAACACCUCUCUCUCUCUCAUGUUCAAAAAAAAAAGCUCCUGUCAUGGCUUCCUACACUCACAGGGUUUGCCAACUACACACAAGCCCCCCACCAUCUCUCCAUCACAACUUUUCUCUCUCUACAAUUUCUCUCUCCAUGUCAUGGCUCAACACAUCAGAAGCACCCUCGAGCAAACACCCUACAAGUGCUUUUGAAUCAUUUUCUCUCUCUAGCUCAUCCCGGCCAACAAAAUGUAGUGCCUUUCUGGGUAAUAUCUCUGAAGAAAUCGCGAAUGACUUAGCAUCAAUUGGGUUUGAGAGUGAAUCACUAAUUGUUUCUCCAUUAAUUCAAUCUGGAUUAUCUCUGGUUCAGGGUGUGGUGGACCUUCCAGAGGGAGAAAGAUGGGCUUUUCUCUCUUUAGUCAGUUUUGCUUGGGUUUAUUUGACUGCAAGACCAGGAGUGUUAAUAGGUGCUUUUGAUGCAUAUGUGUUGGCACCAUUACAGCUUGGGCUUGAUAGUAUAGUAGGGAGAAGAGAUCUUAGGAGGAGUGAUUUUGUGUUAGGAGAGAGAUUGGGGGAAGGGUCUUUUGGGGUUGUUUAUUCUGGUGCUGUAGUCCCCAGGAAUGUGAAUGUGGAAGACAGGGCUGGGAAGAAGGUCAAGGAUUUAGAGAGAGAAGAGAGAUUCAAGAAUUUGCAGAAGGUCAUACUUAAGAAGGUCAAAACUGAGAUCCAAGGGGCUAAAGAAUGUGGUGAUUUUGAAGAGUGGUUUAACUACAGGAUUUCUAGAGCUGCUCCUGAAGCUUGUGCUGAGUUUCUUGGGAGUUUCAUUGCUGACAAGAGCAUCUCACAGUUCACAAAGGGUGGCAAAUGGCUUGUUUGGAAGUUUGAGGGAGACCAGACUCUGGCUGACUCUAUGAAAGAUCGAAGCUUUCCUUUGAAUUUGGAGUCUAUUAUGUUUGGGCAAGAGUUAAAAGGGCUAGACUCACUAGAGCGCUAUGCUUUGAUUAUUAAACAAAUAAUGAGGCAAAUUAUUACAUCUCUCAAGAAAAUCCAUGAUACAGGUAUUGUGCAUCGAGAUAUUAAACCAGCCAACUUGGUGGUUACAAGAAAGGGGAAAAUAAAGCUCAUAGAUUUUGGGGCGGCUACUGAUCUUCGAAUUGGCAAGAACUAUGUACCCAAUCGUGGGCUUCUCGACCCUGACUAUUGCCCUCCAGAACUCUAUGUUCUUCCUGAGGAGACCCCAAGCCCUCCUCCCGAACCUGUCGCAGCCAUCCUUUCUCCAAUUCUAUGGCAGUUAAAUAGCCCAGAUUUGUUUGAUAUGUACUCCACUGGGGUGGUUCUACUACAAAUGGCUAGUCCUACCUUAAGAUCAACAUCUGGGUUGAAAAGGUUUAAUUUGGAAAUUAAAUCUGUUGGAUAUGAUUUGAGGAAAUGGAGGGAAUUUACUCGACUUAGGCCAGAUUUGAGCAUACUUGAUCUUGACUCUGGUAGAGGUUGGGACUUGGCCACAAAGCUUAUAUCAGAAAGAGGAUUUCUUAGAAGAGGGCGGUUAUCAGCUGCUGCUGCUUUACGGCAUCCCUAUUUCUUGUUGGGAAGCGACCAGGCAGUUACUAUUCUUUCAAAGUUGAGCAUGACCAAGUAACAAGUUUCCAAAGGCAGGUAAAAUGCAUGUAUUAAACACCAAAUGGUACUGAUUCUGGUCGUCUCUACCCUUUACGUUAUUUUUAAACCUUCAAAGGAGUUAUUGUACAUUCCUCAUAUUUACAAAAUGAUGUAAAUGUAUAAUCAUUAUUUAAUAGUCAUCAAAAGUAUUAUUCA